GUCCGAACGGUUCAAAAGAACGCAUCGCUUCGCAAUAAAUUCAAAAUUUCAAUAAAUCCUGUGGAUUAGCUGAAGUUUAUACGAAUCCGGUGGAGGCAGUAUUAAAGUGCGAUAAUAAUCGACAUCAAUUUGUCCACAUUAUUAGAGAAUGGCAACACAAGAGUAUGAUUACACAUUUCGGUUAUCGUUCCACGCGGAAUGGUUCGAUCCUAGGGCUGAGCAGAAGAAAAAGUUUCUGCUGAACUUUUACCCCUGCGACAGUACAGUCGAACUCAAGGAUUUGGAUAUGAAUCGUAUGUUUCUGCGGAGGGCGGCGUACGAUGGUUUGAGGUUGAAGGACGUCUUCGUUGGUAAUACCAUCACCAUUUAUGGUAGACAGAUCAAGCUGACGGAUUACGCGGACUGCAGAAGCAAGAACUUUGUCGGACGCUGGAAGGAGCAUACUUUUGCCAUGAUAAAACCGUCCGGUAUGAGUAACUUCGGAGAUAUUAUCGAUGAUAUUUACAAUCAUAAUUUUACCAUCGAGCGCAUGAGGAUGGCACAUUUAAGCAGAAAGGAAACACUGGAUCUGUACGAGGAGAAUAAAGGGGAUGCGUUUCUGCCCUUCGUGAUUGAACACGUGAGCUCUGCUCCUAUUGUCGCGAUGGAGUUGGUUGGGGAGAAUGCUUUGGAUCGCUGGGGUAUCCUGAUGGGGCCCAAGGACCCAGUGGAGGCAAGGAAGACAGAGCCGACAACAUUCAGAGCCCGCUUCGGAAUCGAUUUGCAGAGUAACGCGGUGCAUGGGGCAAGAAGUAAUGAAGCAGCAAUAAGGAGUGCCUGUUUCUUCUUCCCUCAAGGCGUGGGCAAGAAACCUCCACCUUCGACGGCUCGCAUAAACAACAGCACCUGCUGCAUCAUUAAGCCACACGCCAUCGAUGAGAGAAAGCUGGGCAAGAUUAUAGGUUACAUCAAGCAGGGCGAUUUCAACAUCACGGCUCUUCAGAUGUUUUACUUGGACAGUGCUAACGCCGCGGAAUUUCUGGAGGUCUACAAGGGCGUCGUGGCCGAUUUCCAUGCACUUCUGCACAGCUUUCUAGACGGACCGUGCGUUGCCAUGGAGAUUUCAGGGAAAGACGACUCCAUCGAUGUGCACCAGGCAUUCCGGGUGUUUUGCGGUCCUGCGGAUUCUGACAUCGCGCGCCACAUUAGACCCAAAACUAUACGUGGAAUGUUCGGCGUGGAUAAAUACAGGAACGCCGUCCAUUGCACCGACUUGAAGGAGGAUACUGCACUCGAACUCGAGUAUUUUUUCAAAAUUUUAGACGAUUGAGAACCACCCAUCUCGUAAACUUGUAUUUAUUACUCCCAGAUAUGCAUUUACCAUGGGGACCAACACAAUUCAAUUAGAACUUCCUGCAAAACUCGUUCACAUGCAACCUUAUUAUUUUUUAAAUUCGAAUACACGUAUCUCCACAAAUCGAAUGCAUUAUUCACUAUUAUCACUAAUUUUAUUUUAUUAUUACAUUUGUAUGCUUUGAUAACCUAAAUAAAAUUUUAUAUAUAAG